AUGGAGAAUCUUCCCGACGACUGGCGGGUCGGCCUCCUGUAUGACAUCGCCUGCCAGCUGCACAGCAGUGCCGCGAAGCAUGGCUUCUUCAAUCGGUAUCUCCACCGCCUGCAGUUCGCCGUCUCCGUGUUCCACGCUUUCGGGCACGACUGGCCAUGUCAACUUAUCUAUCACCCUCGCAAGUGUAUUGGUUUUGGCCUUAGCGACGGCGAAGGAUGCGAGCGCUUUUGGUAUUCCAUUAGCAAGCUCAUCCCGUACUUGAGAGUGGCAGGGUACCACCUUCGCAUGUAUACGCUCAACACUCAAUUCGCCUUCGCCACAAAGGAAUCCAUUGCCAAUCUCGCGGCAUGGUUGAAGCGGAAGAUGACAAACGCGGCGGCGAAGAGAAAGGAGGCCGAUCUGAUGAUCGAGGAGGCAGGGGAGGUGGCGCAGGAUGAGUCGUUUAUCCGCGAACAAUGGGAGGCGCAGGUGCGCGAGCAGACCAAGCCCUCUCGGAAGCAGAACAAAGGCCUGGGGGAAAAGGAAGUCCAGCUUGCCCUUGAGCUGCACGGCGAGCUUCAGAAGGCGGAGGAGGGUCUGAAAAGCCUCCGUGCGGCCGCCCAGGCGGAUGAUCUCGACCUCGAACAAGAGGCGGAGCUUCGCAGCGCCGAGGCGAAGCACCUAGCCGCCCAGGCGAGGUAUGACCGCAAGGUAGCGGAGCUGGGCGUCAAGGGGCGGGCGAAGCUGAGCCAGCUCACGAAAAGCAAAAUCCUCACGCGUCGCGCCAACGGCUUGGUUUUACUGCGGAAAGCACAGGCCGGGAUCAUGAAGCGCAAGAUGGAAGUCGAGCGCACUGUGGGCUCGCACCGCAACAAGCAUGGAGAGAAAAAACUGCGAAAGCACAUCACCACCGCCGCAGAGCGUCGCGAAGGUACCAUCAAGUCCAUCGUCAGCAAAUACAAUAAGGCGUGUCGCGACUUGGCCGCCAUGAUCAAGCGCGAGAUCACCCGCAAGGGCCGGUGCGCGAUCCGCCCCCUAACUGAGCUCCCCACAUCCGGCAUAUGGGAUCUCGGCAUCGACAACGCUUGCUGGGAUGACCUCCGGUUCGAUGGCGACGCGACGGAUAGGGCGCCUGCGUGGAUGUCGGACCACAACACUAGGCAGGCCAUACGUGGGCGCCUGCUUCUAGACAGAUGCGAUGAGGAAGACGCGCGGUUAGCCCACGAGCGAGCCAACGUAGUUGACUGGCUGGAGGGGGAGUGGUUGACAGUGGCGGCCGCGCGACGCGCGGCAUUGCGUGCCCCAGGUGAGCCACACGCCACGCUAUAG